CUUCCGCGGAAGGGAAGAGUCCCGCAGUCGGAGGCGGCCGGCUGGGCGUGCGCUAGCUGCCUGCAGCCGGGGCUGGGCCGAGCCGCGCGAGGGCUGUGAACCGAGGGCGGGCGGGCGACAGGCAGCGGCGGGAGCGGGGCGAGGGGCCGGCGGGCAGGGGACGGCGGGCGCGGGCUGCGGAGCCCCCAUGUGAGGCGGCGGCGCCCCCCGGCCAGAGCGCGCAGCAUGGGGGCCCCGCUGGCCGCGGCGCUGGGCGCCCUCCACUAUCUGGCACUUUUCCUGCAACUCGGUGGCGCCACGCGGUCCGCCGGCCACGCGCCCUGGGACAACCACGUCUCCGGCCACGCACUCUUCACAGAGACGCCCCAUGACAUGACAGCAAGGACAGGCGAGGAUGUGGAGAUGGCCUGUUCCUUCCGUGGCAGUGGCUCUCCGUCCUACUCACUGGAGAUCCAGUGGUGGUAUGUGCGCAGCCACCAGGACUGGACAGACAAGCAAACAUGGGCCUCCAACCAGCUAAAAGCCUCUCAGCAGGAGGACUCGGGGAAGGACGCCACCAAAAUAAGUGUGGUCAAGGUGGUGGGCAGCAACAUCUCCCACAAGCUGCGACUGUCGCGGGUGAAGCCCACGGACGAGGGCACCUACGAGUGCCGCGUCAUCGACUUCAGCGACGGCAAGGCCCGGCACCACAAGGUCAAGGCCUACCUGCGGGUGCGGCCGGGGGAGAACGCGGUCCUGCAGCUGCCGGAGGCGCCCCCGGCCGCACCCGCGCCCCCACCACCCAAGCCCGGCAAGGAGCUGCGCAAGCGCUCGCUGCCCGAGGCUUGCAGCCUGUAGACCCGACUGGACCGGACCCCAGCCGCCGGGCCUCGCCCUCACCCCGCCCAGCAUGCCAGCCCCUCCC